AUGACUACCCCAGCUGUGGAGCCAACACCAAUUCGAUUUGUUCCUCAAACCAACCCUUCCAUGUCCAAGACCUUGUCCGAGAAGCCCUUUCCAGCAUGGGCCUGGUCCUUCCUCAGCCUCAGUCUACCACUACCCACUCCCCAUGUUCAUAUCUCUACAGGUGUGGCAUUCAGCAGUGGGGAACGGGCCAAACAACUCAGGCGCUUCUCCAUAGUCACACUGAGAGAUUUUGGUGUGGGCAAGCGUGGUGUGGAGGAGCGUAUCCAGGAGGAGGCAGGCUGUUUGAUCAAGAUUUUGCAGGCCUCAAAUAAAUACAUUAGCACCUGGAUGGAUGCCUCGAACAAGUCGCACUCCCACGCCACUUCGAAGUCUCCUUCCCAUCUUUUUUCCUCCCUUCCUAAGCUCUAUGACAUGUUCCAUUCAGUGAUGAAGUUCCUGCCCGGACCACAGCAACAGAUCAUCAAGGAUGCUCAGAAACUGGAAGACUUCAUGAUCCAGAAAGUGAAACAGAACCACAGUACCCUGGACCCCAAUUCCCCACGGAACUUCAUUGACUCCUUUCUCAUUCACAUGCAAAAGGGGAAAAAUGUUAGUUCAGAGUUCCACAUGAAGAACCUAGUAAUGACAUUAUUAAACCUCUUCUUUGCUGGUUCUGAUUCAGUCAGCUCCAUACUACGCUAUGGCUUCCUGCUACUCAUGAAGCAUCCAGAUGUAGAGGCCAGGGUCCACAAGGAGAUUGACCAGGUGAUUGGCAGGAACCGACAGCCCCAAUAUGAGGACCAUAUAAAGAUGCCAUACACCCAGGCUGUGAUCAAUGAGAUCCUGAGAUUUUCUACCUUUGCUUUUUUGGGCAUUCCUCAAAGGAUUACCAAGAACACUACCUUCCGUGGCUUCUUCCUUCCCAAGGGCACCGAAGUGUUCCCUGUACUAGGUUCUCUGAUGACAGACCCAAAGUUCUUUCCUAGCUCCAAGGACUUCAACCCAGAGCACUUCCUGGAUGACAAGGGACAGUUGAAGAAGAACCCUGCAUUUCUGCCCUUUUCUACUGGGAAGCGAUACUGCUUGGGAGACAGCCUGGCUAAGAUGGAGCUCUUCCUGUUCCUCACCACCAUCUUGCAGAACUUCCGUUUCAAGUUCCCAAUGAAACUAGAAGACAUCAACGAGUCCUCCAGACCCUCAGGGUUUAUCAGGAUCAUACCAAAGUACACCAUGAGCUUCGUGCCCAUCUGA